AUGAUUACUAACUUAAAUAUAGUAUACCAAUUGGGCAAUCUUGCUACUUCUGGCUCUUCAACUAUUGAGGCAGAACUUGGUACCAGAUUUCCUCUUAAUAAACCUGGUUUUCCUGAUGCUUAUAACUAUGGAAGAGUCAUGGGAAUAUUUUGCGGAGCUGUUUUUGCAUAUGUGAUGCUAAUUAUAUUUUUAGGACCUGAAAGAUUUCAUCAAGACUUAUCAACGAAUAGAAAUGACCUCGAAGAAACCGAAGAACUUUCCGAUGUUCUGGUUGUCGAGGAAGAGAAUAUUGUUGUCCAAAAACAGUAG